UUAAAAAGGGAGGGUGGGGAGAGGCCAUGGCCGUCCCAGCCAAGAAGAGGAAGAUGAACUUCUCUGAGCGAGAGGUGGAAAUCAUCGUAGAGGAGCUGGAACUGAAGAAGCACCUGCUGGUGAACCACUUCAACGCCGGGGUCCCUCUGGCUGCCAAGAGUGCGGCCUGGCACGGCAUCUUAAGACGGGUCAACGCGGUGGCCACCUGCCGCAGGGAGCUGCCUGAGGUCAAGAAGAAGUGGUCUGACCUCAAGACCGAGGUCCGUCGCAAGGUUGCCCAGGUCCGGGCAGCGGUGGAGGGUGGCGAGGCCCCAGGGCCCACUGAGGAGGAUGGAGCCGGUGGGCCUGGGACAGGUGGUGGCAGUGGCGGCGGUGGCCCAGCUGUAGCCCCCGUCCUGCUCACCCCCAUGCAACAGCGCAUCUGCAACCUGCUGGGCGAGGCUACCAUCAUCAGCUUGCCCAGUACCACAGAGAUCCACCCCGUGGCCCUUGGACCCACAGCCACUGCAGCCGCAGCCACGGUCACCCUGACACAGAUCCCCACGGAGACCACCUAUCACACGCUGGAGGAGGGAGUGGUGGAGUACUGUACCGCUGAGGCGCCCCCACCCCUGCCCGCCGAGGCCCCCGUGGAGAUGAUGGCUCAGCACGCUGAUACCUCGGUCAAACCCCAGGCGCUCAAGAGCCGCAUCGCCCUCAACUCCGCCAAGCUGAUCCAGGAGCAGCGAGUUACCAAUCUGCACGUGAAGGAGAUCGCCCAGCACCUGGAGCAGCAGAACGACCUACUGCAGAUGAUCCGCCGCUCCCAGGAGGUCCAGGCCUGCGCCCAGGAGCGCCAGGCCCAGGCCAUGGAGGGCACCCAGGCAGCGCUGAGUGUCCUCAUCCAGGUCCUCCGGCCCAUGAUCAGAGAUUUCCGCCGCUACCUGCAGAGCAACACGCCCAACCCCACUCCCGCCUCUGACCCUGGGCAGGUGGCCCAGAACGGGCAGCCCGACAGCAUCAUCCAAUGAGGACGGGGGUGGCGCCAGCCUUCUGCUCUGUUUGGAUGACGUCACUGUGGUCUUGUACGUGGGUUCUGUGACUGGCCACGUGGACAGCUCUCUCUUUGAUAGACUGUUAGGGGUCCGCGGUUUCGGAGGAGUGAGGGAGACCGAGAAGAACUUGUUGGGCUCCUGGGGCCCGCACUCUCUUACCCUCACCACUUGAGCUGCCUGGCUGACAGCCUGAAGAUUGGUUAGGUGGGCGGUGGGCGCUGGUGAGGCUCCGCACCUUGUCACGAGCCAGGGCUUGGGACACGACCCAGACCCUGUCUAGGACAACUGUAAGGGAGGUUCUCACUGAGGGCCGUCUCCCAGCUGGGGUCUGUGCUGAAAUUCUCCCCCCUCCCCCCACCCCCCCCAACCCAACCCAGUGUCAUCGUUUCGAAUAAGAUGUCAGUGGUGCUGGCAGUGACACAAUACCUUCUUCCUCCCUAGGGAGGCAGAGUGACUAGGCCUGAAGAGGAAACUCCACCCUUUUCUCCUUUGCACUGUGCCUCAGUUCUCAGGGGAUUCUAGUCAAUCUGUGCUCUCCCCACCCCCCACCCCAGCCCGGGCCUGACAGGGGCCCCCUUGGUAUAUACCCUGAGCUGCCUCUGCAUUACACCCAGGAUGGGGCCCGCUGGGCUCAGGGAUGCUGGGUGCGGUGGGGACAGCUUGGCCACCGUCUUGUCCUCCACUGCAUCCCUGGGCAGCCCUUUAGUGGUUUGUCCUGACAGCUCUUGACUCAGGUCGGGCAUCAGGCUUUAGGUGCUGUAAAUCGAGAGAAAACAGACCGGCGUGGAAACGUGUUGUUCCCCCCCCCCCUCCCCCCACCCGCCCCUGCAGUGAAUCUGAGGUGACCGGUUGGCUUCUUCCAGAAGGCUUGCUUCAAGCCAGUUGUCUUUAUUCUGUACCACGGACCCCUUCUGGGAAAGGGGGGGGGGGGGGGGGGGGGGCAGCUCUGGCCACACCCUUCCUCCUUUCCUCUCUACUGACUCCACGAUUCCGAAACUCAUUGUGGGAAAAAGCCUCCUCAGCAUCACGCCCCGGACUCCCUGUCCCCAUUAUUCAGCGCCUCGUGUUCCUGCGGGACUCCCACUGCCUGGCUGGGCGAAUCUGAAGGCCUGAUUGGCCCCGAGUGUCUGAGGUGGGAGAGCCAGAGCUGACCUAAGACGCGGGACCUUUGACUUCUGUGCUCGGGGAAGAGCAGACCGACCUCGGAGUGCGGAAGGAGAAUCGCCAUCGAUCACCGAGACGCUCGCAUCUCCCCAGAUCAUUCCCCGGGAUUGCCAUUUUGCUGCCGGUGCCUUGGCCACGCGUGACCAACGGUUGCAACUCGAGGCUCCGGAUCUCAGCUAAACCAUGGAGGUGCUGCGCUUCUGGGCACGUACGUUUGGAAUUGCUUGCUCUGCGGUUGCAAUCACCGGAAGAUGCUCCCAGAGAUGGUCGGGAGGUGACCGCAGUACAGUACGGUCCGCCCCCCCCUGUGGAGCACGGGUGCAGCGUCGGCUACAGAGCAGUGGAGAGGAAUCAGGCUGGUGAGGGGGUGAGUGGCGGAAAGAAAGCUCCGCGGGCUGGAAAGCAGCAGCCCCUGGCAGCCCGGGCACGCUCCCUCCAUGGAGCCCGACAGCCCUGGCCGGGAAGCUGUGGAGACUUCCUGAGGACUUGCCGCUUGGUUUGGUUUUUCUCUGGGGUUGGCAACCUGAGCCAGUAUUGGAUCUGUUCCAAUUGGGUAUAAGGAGGAAUCCUGGAUCACUUAAACUGACUGCUUCUUUCCAGGUCAUAAUUUUAAAUUAAAAAAAUGUAUCACUUUUUUUUUUUUUUUUUUUUUUUACACAUAUCCGUGUCUUUAUUGGUUAUAGGUGAAAGAGAUAUGGGCUGGCAGAGAGCAGGGGCUGGCACAGUAUGGCCCAGAGGUCAUAUCUGGCCCACCACCUGUCUUUGUAAAUAAAGUUUUAUUGGACACAGCCACAA